AUGAAGGACAAACAGAAGAGGAAGAAGGAGCGCACGUGGGCUGAGGCCGCGCGCCUGGUAUUAGAAAACUACUCGGAUGCUCCAAUGACACCAAAACAGAUUCUGCAGGUCAUAGAGGCAGAAGGACUAAAGGAAAUGAGAAGUGGGACAUCUCCUCUCGCGUGCCUCAAUGCCAUGCUACAUUCCAACUCAAGAGGAGGAGAGGGGCUGUUUUAUAAACUGCCUGGCCGAAUCAGCCUUUUUACACUCAAAAAGGAUGCCCUGCAGUGGUCUCGCAGUCCAGCUGCGGUGGAAGGAGAGGAGCCAGAGGACACAGCCGAUGUGGAGAGCUGUGGGUCUAAUGAAGCUAGCACUGUGAGUGGUGAAAAUGAUGUGUCUCUUGAUGAAACAUCUUCAAAUGCAUCCUGUUCUACAGAAUCUCAGAGUCGGCCUCUUUCCAAUCCCAGGGAUAGCUACAGAACUUCCUCGCAGGCAAACAAGCAAAAGAAAAAGACUGGUGUGAUGCUGCCUCGAGUUGUCCUGACUCCUCUGAAGGUAAACGGGGCCCACGUGGAAUCUGCAUCAGGGUUCUCGGGCCGCCAUGCCGAUGGUGAGAGUGGCAGCCCGUCCAGCAGCAGCAGCGGCUCUCUGGCCCUGGGCAGCGCUGCUAUUCGUGGCCCGGCUGAGGUCGCCCGGGACCCUGCCCCGCUCCUGAGAGGCUUCCGGAAGCCAGCCACAGGUCAAAUGAAACGCAACAGAGGGGAGGAGAUAGAUUUUGAGACACCUGGGUCUAUUCUUGUCAACACCAAUCUCCGUGCUCUGAUCAACACUCGGACCUUCCAUGCCCUCCCAUCUCACUUCCAGCAGCAGCUCCUCUUCCUCCUGCCUGAAGUGGACAGACAGGUGGGGGCAGAUGGCCUGUUGCGUCUCAGUAGCAGUGCAUUGAAUAAUGAGUUUUUCACCCAUGCAGCUCAGAGCUGGCGGGAACGCCUGGCUGACGGUGAAUUCACUCAUGAGAUGCAAGUCAGGAUACGACAGGAAAUGGAGAAGGAGAAGAAGGUGGAGCAAUGGAAAGAAAAGUUCUUUGAAGACUACUAUGGGCAGAAAUUGGGUCUGACCAAAGAAGAGUCAUUGCAGCAGAACUUGGGCCAGGAGGAGGCUGAAAUCAAGAGUGGUUUACAUGUCCCAGGAGAAUCAGCAAGGCCACAGCGUGGUCUGACCACCAGACAGCGUGAUGGGCAUUUCAAGAAACGCUCUCGGCCGGAUCUCCGAACCAGAGCCAGAAGGAACCUAUACAAAAAACAGGAGCCAGAACCAGCAGGGGUUGCUAAGGAUGUGAAAUCUGUGGCACCAGACGCCCCCCUCUACAAGGAUGGAGAGGCUAAGGCUGACUCGGCGGGGGUGAGCAGUCCCCACCUGCCAGGCAUGUCCUCUCCAGCACCCAGCCCAGAGGGUCCCGAAUUCCCAGCUGAACCUGCAGCUUCCCGGAUCCAGACCGAGCUGGACGACUUGGCGUGUGCCUCUGCAGCUCCAGACAGAAUUCCCAGCUUGCCUCAGGAGACUGUGGAUCAGGAGCCCAAGGACCAGAAGAGGAAAUCCUUUGAGCAGGCGGCCUCUGCGUCCUUUCCCGAAAAGAAGCCCCGGCUUGAAGAUCGUCAGUCCUUUCGUAACACAAUUGAAAGUGUUCACACCGAAAAGCCACAGCCCACUAAAGAGGAGCCCAGAGUCCCGCCCAUCCGGAUUCAACUUUCACGUAUCAAACCACCCUGGGUGGUUAAAGGUCAGCCCACUUACCAGAUAUGCCCCCGGAUCGUCCCCAAUACGGAACCUUCCAGCCGGGGCCGGGCUGGCGCCAGGACCCUCGCAGACAUUAAAGCCCGUGCUCUGCAGGCCCGAGCCCAGCGAGAGGCGGCCACCACUGCCAUCGGAGGGGGGGGUGGCCCGGGUGGAGGUGGCAGCGGGGCCACCGAUGAAGGAGGUGGCAGAGGCAGCGGCAGUGGUGAUGGUGGUGAGGCCUGUGGCCACCCUGAGCCCGGGGGAGCCCCGAGCACCCCUGGAGAGUGUGCGUCAGAUCUACAGCGAACACAACUACUGCCGCCUUGUCCUCUAAAUGGAGAGCAUGCCCAGGCUGGGACUGCCACAUCCGAAGCCAGGAUAGAGGACCUGGCUUCUCUCAGAAGGGAGGAAAGCUGCCCCCGACAGCGGGUUCCAGAUGUCCUCACAAGUGAGCUGGAAAUUGCCUCCCAGCUCCCCAUUGCUGCCACUGGGGUCCAGUCGUGCCAGGCCUUGCCCCCGCUGUCCUCCAAAACCCUAGUAUCUGAGAGAUUGGUUGAGCAGCCAACGUUGCAUCUAGAUGUUAGAACUGAAUGUGGGUCUGAUACCACUUCCUGGGAAAGGGAUACUGAAGAGCGAGGAUCCACUGUUCCCUCAGAGAAUGGUCCUGUUCAGUCUCUAGUAGGAGAUACUGUAUUGCAAGAAGGCAAUGACCAGGUUCUAGAUGGUAAUCCCACUAUGAAGGAUCCUGUAAAUGUGACCCCCAGUUCCACUCCUCGAUCACCACUGGCUGAUUGCCUGCAGGACAGACCAUUUGAUGACGAAUUAGGACUUGGUAAGUCAUACCCACCCAUGAGGGAAAGUGAUACUAGACAGGAAGACUUGAAAACUGAGGCACUCGUUUCUGACAGCAUAGCUCCUUGGAUGCCCAACAUGUUGAAUGACAAGGGAGCGAAACAGACUGGCCCUGACUCUGGAGAAAAUGUGCCAUCUUCUGAGCCCCAGGUUGGAGAAGAGUGGGAGACAGCUGCUCCCCACAUACCUGCCCUGCUUGGGAGUUUGACAGCCGAGGAGGGUCUAGAUCCUCCUGACAACCUUCCUGUACUCUGGGCAGUGCCAUCUCGAGGCAUGGGCAGCAGUGGCAGCAUCUGCAAACAGGUCCCAGUUGAAAAGCUUAAAAUCAAUGGUGACUCUGAGGUGCUGAGUCCUCACAGUGAAUCCACAGAUACAGCCUCUGACUUUGAAGGCAGCCUCACUGAGGACAGCAGUGAGGCAGACCUUGGGGAAGCCACAGUGAACAAGGCACUCUCAGUUGUGGACAAGGAUGAGAAACAUGGUUGGAACCAAUCCAGCUCACUCUCCAAAAUGAAUGGUGAUCUGGGUCUGGUUACAAGGACAGAUGGGAUGGCUGCUCCUCAGAGCUGGGUGUCUCGUGUAUGUGCCGGCCCCCAAAAGAUCCCGAACUCCCUGCUGCUGGCCAGUACCGAGUACCAGCCGAGGCCCGUGUGCCUGGAUGGGCCAGGGUCAUCAAUGGAGGCCACUGACCCGUUCGUGAUGCAGUUGCUGCAAGGUAAUUUGCCCUUGGAGAAGGUUCUUCCUCCAGCCCACGGUGGCAGCAAACCAGAGUCUCUUCAACUACUGCUUAAAAAAGAGCUGAGCCCUGGUGGCUCCUUGGGGAUGGGAUCUUUGCCUGAUCCUGGGGCAGACAGUCUCAUAGUUGGCAAAAGCAGCCCCAGUUCUUUGAGAGCUUUGAAGGAGCCUCUUCUGCACGAGAUCCGUGAAGCAAGCACUGGUCUUACCGGGUUAGAGGCUACCCAGGCUCCUGGAGCACCCCAAAAGAUUUCCAAGACAGUCACAAGUUUAGACUUCCUACAUCCAGUGACAAGUCCAGUGGCUUCCUCUGGGAAACUGGAAGAAGUGGAUUCCAAAGAGGCAUUCUCUUCCUUUAGUUUUGAAGAUCAGAAGGAAACUCGGGACCUGUCCCAGUGCAGUAACUCCAGUGCUGCUCCAGGCAGAAGUCCAGGGACACUCACUACCUCGAGAGCCCCAAGCUUCUCAUCUCCAAAUGCCAUCUCCUUUGGUUCAGACCAAGCAAGUCAGUCCCUGCGGGAUCAGAACAGUGUGGGAGGCCAAGGGAAGAAGCUCUUUGGCUCUAGGAACAUGGCUUCAACCCCUCAGUGCCCCAGGCCUGUGGACCCAGCACCGUUACCCGCUGAUGCGCCUUCUGUUGCUCCCAAUAGGAAGUUGGGGCCAAGCAAAAGCUCUGUGUCUGGUGGGGUGCAGACUGCAAGGGAAGACUGGGCUCCAAAGCCACCUCCUGCCUCUGCUGGCAGCAUCAAGACUGAGAAGACUUUUGCAGGGGGCCCACUCAAGAUGAACGCAGAGAACAGAAAAGCUGUUGGGCGUAGUCCUCUGGAACUCAUGGAUCAUUUGCAAGGGAUGCCCUUUGUCAUGGACCUGCCCUUCUGGAAGUUACCCCGAGAGCCUGCGAAAGGGCUCAGUCAGCCUCUGGAGCCUUCUUCCAUCCCCUCCCAACUCAACAUCAAGCAGGCAUUUUAUGGGAAGCUUUCUAAACUCCAGCUAAGUUCCACCAGCUUUAAUUAUUCCACUAGCUCUUCUGCCUUUCCCAAAGGCCUUGCUGGAAGUGUGGUGCAGCUGAGCCACAAAGCAAACUUUGGUGCGAGCCACAGCGCAUCACUCUCCUUGCAGAUGUUCACCGACAGCAGCACAGUGGAAAGCAUCUCGCUCCAGUGUGCAUGCAGCCUGAAAGCCAUGAUCAUGUGCCAAGGCUGUGGUGCGUUCUGUCAUGAUGACUGUAUUGGACCCUCAAAGCUCUGUGUAUUGUGCCUUGUGGUGAGAUAAUAAAUUAUGGCCAUGGGAGAAAUUGUAUAUUUAGUGUGUGUAUUUUGAUAAUGAUUGAUCUUAAAUCUGUAUACAGAAUAUCAUUGAUAUAAUGAUCUCUGUCUCUCUAGGCAAGAGUACCCUUGCCUCCCCCUAAAAUUUACAGUGCUAAAGCCCCUCACUUAUCAACCCUUUGGGGUGACCCAUUGGGCUGCCCAAGACUGGCCAAUCCAAGCUCUUACACAGACAUCUGAGCCUGGUGUGGCACGGGCAGCUGGCCUGACACCCAGAGGGACUUGAAACAGAAGCAAGAGGUUGUGUCCUCCCCCAAGAGACCUAACCUGCCUGAACUGAGUAGAAAUGUCAGUCUUCCACUGCCCGCUUCUUAUCGUCUUCGGGCACUUCGUUUGGGAAAGUGGCCAGCACAGGGUUAAAGUAACUCCCAGCAUUGCCCACCAGGGGGCUGGAGCAGCUGCUGACUUCAGGGUCACAGUUCAGUCAUUUGGCCGUUGUUGGAGUCGGUUUGAGCUUUGGUUCUGCGGCUGAAGCAAAUUUGGAGUCUCAGUACGAUCUUCUGGCCCGCAGGAUCUUUUGGAACCUUGAAUAGACCUGCCUGGACAGUGGGGCCAGGGAAUGGUGGUGUCCUUCCUCUGACAGUAUCAUCUGUAGACCUUGAAGUCAGUUGUCCAGAAGUUUGGCAGGGGAAUUCCUUCACUUGACACCCUCACCCUCCCUGUCGCCUUGGACUCGAUGGGAGUGGGCAUCUCCACACACCUGUGUACGUGAAAGUCAUUUUACAUUUCAAAGCAGUGUGUGUUUCUUAUUUUUAUAUUUUUAACUCUAUUCUUGGAUGUAUAAAGUGAACUUUCUGGCUUCUGUAAGUAUGCUCUAUGCACCUCUAAUGUUUUAUCAUGUAUUUAUAUGUUGUACACAGUACUGGCCGAUUCUGUAAAUGGAUGUAUUGUACAGAGAACAUGAACGUCUCUUCCUUAUUUUACGUCUUCAGCAUCCUUGCAUUAAAGUGGUGUCAUUUACUUCUCUACACCUGUUGUCAGAGCCACUGAGUGCUGUGCUGCCCAUUGGGAGGGUAGAGUGAUUGACUUGUGACCUGCCAGGAUGGCCUCGCUCCCCAGCCCAGGUCACUGGGUAGACCCAUCAUAGCCUGCAGAGCCAAGGUCACCUGCCCACGUUCUACUGAGCAAGUGUAUUUUGCUUCUCACAUCUUUUUUCUCCUCCCCCAACCAUUAAUCAGUGCUCGCCGCCGUAUGUGACAAAUCACUGCCACCACCAGUGUUAAGUGCUUCUGGAUUCUUGGGUGAGUUCCCUGGGCAGCCCCCAGGCAGGCCUUCCAGACCAGCUCCAGGGUUGCCACCUGUCAGCAAUACCCGGGACCAUGCUCUCCAGGGGCCACAGGGCUCCUUUUGAUUUACUCCUUACAGCGGGUUUGGGAAGAAACAGCAAUGCCUGCUGCCUCUCUCCUCCCUCCCCUUCUUUCCCAACUCGCUUGUAGCAAGUAGAUGCCCCAGCACUUGUCUUCCCUCACCCUGCUUCCUGCCUUACUACUUGUAUCUUGACUUGCGGAGUUGACAGUUCUCCUUGUUUAAUUUUGGUUUACCUGUGUGAGUGUUUCUGUAUGAAGUAUAAAAUUUAUAUGACUCCAGCAAGCCUCACUUCAUCUGAAAGGUCAUCUUUUUUCUUUCAUUUACUCCACUGUGGCAUUUCUGUUGUCUGAAGCAUGAGUGCAGAGUUGGCAAUGAAGUGGUGAUUUAAAAUACAGUAUUGGCCAAUUCCAAGUUGUCAACUUCAAAAGUCUGUUUACCAAAGACAGGGAGCAGAGGCCUAAGGCUGUUUGAACCUCUUCUUCCUUCUAUGACCUUUGGGGCCACUAGGGUACAGUUUUAAAGUGGCCUUGUCCAUGGGGCUGCCCAGAGAAAGCACUGCUCUUGUAUGUCUCUUGUGGUAUUGGAAAAAUAAACCUGUACAACCUGCAUUUUUGGUCUCAGUCAUCUUCUGUAGCCACCCUGGUGGUGGUGGGGGUCAGGUUGGAGUCGGAAACUGGAUUGGAAGGAGUAAACGAUGGCUCACUUCACUGACUCGAGCUAAUUUUCUCGUCUGUGUGACUCUUCUUUUGUGAGGUUAGUCCAAAAGGAAUGACUCCUCAGCUUCACCGGUCUUUAGGCUCUGCUCGUGACUUGUUGAACUUUUCCACUGUGUGUACGGAGAGCAGGAAUCCUUUAAUGAAAUCAGGGAGAGUUCUUUCCUCUUGUAAAUCAAAGCUGGCAGCUCGCCACAGCUGCUCAGCCAAACUGCCUAAUGGAGAUGAGGUUGCUGAAUGGAUUCCUAAUGGCUGAUUAUCUUCUGUGGGGAGGGUGACCAUUUCCGACUUUGAGAAGCUGUAAGCACAAGCUCACACCUCACACCUCUUUCCGUAGCAUCAGGCACCAGUGAAGGAGGUGCUGGCAGAAGAUGGGGCAGGUGUUAGCUGAAUAAGCCUUAGACCAAGAUACAGAGUGCAGUAGUAGCCAAAAGGGAAAAACAUAAAUAUAUAUAAAGAUUUUAAUUAAUACUUUUUUUCCUUGAAGCUUUAUUUGUGGCAUAAUACCCUUUGGGGUGGCUUAUGCUGAGAUUUUGUAGUGUCUCUGUUCGAGAAUUUAUAGUUAGGUGGCUCUGUGGUGACUGGAUAACUGCCUGGUGGUGUUGAUGCAUCCUUGUUGCCUUCAUGUGACAGAAAACCCACUUGCCCACUUCUGUCUCCAGGAGCUUAGGAUACUUUGUAAUCCAGGAUCAGGACUUUAUGUUUUGACAAUAGAAUUUUGCUUCAAACUGAUGUUUGGCUUAAUUGCAUCUCAUCAGAGAGCAGAAUAAUGUAGGGGCUUAGAGUGUAGGUUCUUCCACAUACUAGCUCUGUGAUCUUGACCUCUCUGCCAAUUUUCCCAUCCGUGAAUGGGGAGGAGCCCUAGUGGCACAGUGGUUAAACAUUCGGCUGCUAACCAAAAGGUCGGCAGUUGGAAUCUACCAGCUGCUUCUUGAAAACUGUAUGGGGCAGUUCUACUCUGUCCUGUAGGGUUGCUAUGAGGGGGAGUUGACUUGAUGACAAUGGGUUUGGUUUGGGGUUUUUUUUUGGUGAAUGGGAAUAAUAGUUCCUACUUCAUAAGGUGGUUAGUGCCUGGCACAGAGGGUGUACUUAAAGACUGCUAGCUUGGACCAGGCCAACACAGUAAUAGCUACAUGAAAUCACGGUAGAAAUCUGUGCAGCUUACUGUUGCCUGUUUCCUCCUGUCCCCAGAGGGGAGCUGUCAAGAUGUGGCUGGUGUGACUGGACGGAGGGGGUGCUACGGGGUCUACAUUGAGGUCUGAAGUUUGGCUUUACAGUUGUUCAGUCCUCAAUUUAGAGAAUGAUCACUUGGUAGGAAAGACUUAUUUUAUUCAUGGUCUGAAGGAUGGGAACAUGAUGCUUCAAAAUAUGGAAAGAUUAUUCUCUUAACUGGCCUGAUGAGGUAUCAAUUUGUUUUAUAUCCAACCUGCUUUUGAGGAAGUAAGUCCCUGAGAGAGGAGUGUGCAUGUGUAUACGCACGCAUGCACGUGUGCACUGAAUCAGCCUAUGCACGUUCAUCAGGGACCUCGGCAGACCAAAGCAUCUCCUGGCCCUGGCUGCCAUUUGAAGUGAUAGAGAGGGUAGGAUUUGUGGCCUUAGAGAUUACUACUUGAAAAUCAAAAAUUGACAGUGCCCUAUGCCUCCUCUUGUCUCUGUGCAUCAAGUUGACAGCCUGGAAUGAACAUCUGUAACAGUACCAAAAAAUGUAGAUGAAAGCUCUGGAAGAAAAGCCAAGUAACAAAAAGAUAAUCAUCAAUGCUGCUUCACAUAGCAUCAGUGGCUCUUAACCUUCCUGGGAUCAUGGACUCCUUUGAGAAUCUGGCGGAAGCUGUGGACCCUCUCCCCUAAGAAUGCAGACAAUUGUGCAUAUGUUUUUGAGGGUUCCUGGGCCCUGUAGGCAGCUGGGGCCCUUCAUUUUAGAACCCCUGACUUAAACCCAGUAUAGAAAACCUGGAUUUAUAGAAAAGAUCCAUCAAGAUGGGGAGAGAUGACUUUGUGAAGGAAUCUUAGGUGUCCUGUAACUGCUCAACUUCUCUAGUGCAUUUUAAAUUACUUUAAAAGAUGGAGCCUGUGUACGUUCUUUCCUUCCCCUCAUUGAGUAAAGUGAGUUUUGCCUGUUUUGUCGUAGCAAACUUCAGCUGACUGUUCUAAGGUACCAUUCCCAUUUGAUACUGUCCUGUGUACACUGUUGACAGCAGUGUUUUGGUUAAAGAAGCCAGACUGGGACACACCAGAGUUUUUCUGUACUCUGUGAUUUCUCUGCUCCAGAUCUCGGCUUGUGGAGCUGCAGCAUUUUCUCUGGAGGUAAGUGCUGGCCAGCAUGGUCUGCAUGAGGUGGGUAUGUGUCCCCCGUAUGUUGGUCCAGGUUGUGGGGUUUUAAUGGUCCCUUAAACAGUGGUAGUUUAGGUUGGACAAGGAAUUUCCAUGGCUAUUACUGAGAAUUUGCUUCCCUCUGAUCCCUAUAUGCACAUGAUAGGCUGAGGUGUUGUGGUGCCAUCUUUUGUUUUACCCUUCCCUGCUAAUGUCUUUACUAAUCUUAGUCCCAAGUUCACUACCUCAGUGCGGUGGCCUUCACUCUGUUGGCCCUCUCCUUUAUCGUACAUAUUAGGCUACUGCACAAAAUUUUAAUAAAAAAGAUUAUUCUGCCAUUACAAAAAAGGUUUUAAAAACUACUAUAUUACACACAUACUGUAUGGCAGUUUUUAAAACUAUUGUUGUGUGUGUAUAUAUAUAUAUAUGUGUGUGUGUGUAUAUAUAUAUAUAUGUAUUUAUAAGGCAGGUACUUAUCCCUGCUUACAGAUGAGGAACCAGAGGCUCACAGGGUAUAUGCCUGGCCUUAAAAUUCACAGUGACCAAGCAAGGCCUUAAACCCAGCUCUGUUUGACUACAAAUCUUGUACCCUUUCCAUGGCCCGUCUCCUUAGGAUACAUGAGUACACACACAAUUGCAAUGGUAAAAUUUAUACUUAACGUUAAUUUUUAACUCACAAGCAGAACUAUUUUGUUUUUAGCUGCGACAGUCAGGCUUGUUCCUAGCCAUAUUCCUGGUAUUUUUCUUAAAGCUUAACCUAAAUGAUAUAUGUAGGAUGAAAAAUACCUACACAAAUUAACGUCCUUGGAAAGGAAAAAGUGGCCCUUUGGUUUCCUUCAAGGUGGGCUCCAGGGUUUUGCAUAGAAUGGAAUGUCAAGUACUGAAGGUUCAGAGCAGGGAGUAGGCUUCCCCAGUUUUCCAAACUGGCAUCUAGUGCUUGUUGCAUGAAUUUUGUUCCAGUCAGCUGAAUUGAAGAGUCUGCACUAGGGGAGAGGGCAGUGGAAAGGAAACACGGUUUUGUAGUCAUACAGAGCUGGGUUUAAGGCCUUGUGCAGUCACUGUAUUUAGGCCAGGCACAUGCCGGCCAGGCUCUGGUUCCUCGCCUGUGAAGAGGGUUUUGAAGUGUAACGAAGGUCAAAGAGGAACGCUCUCCCUAGUGCUUGGCACCACCUAAGCAUCCAGUCCAGGUUCAUUUCCUUCCCUUCCUAAGGAGCUAGGUGCUGAAACCAAUCACAAAUGUAUUUGUUAAAGAAAAAUUUAUCAAGGACUUCCUGUGUGCUCAGAUUACUGGCUAGGAAAAGGUAGAGUCUACCGGUAGAAAAGAAAUUUCAGUGUAAAUCUAGAUUGAAAGGAAGAGAAGUGUACUAAUUGGAAGUUCUGUUGAUAGGACACAGUGAAAUUAAGACAUUUGGUUUGUUAUUCAGUGUUUAUUAAGUAGAUUCAGUCUUAUAUAUGAUAUACAGAUUCAAAAGAAAAAGGAUUCCACAUACUUAAGAAAUCAGUGCAUUUAGCAAGUAAUACCAUGGAGAUAACAGCUCGAUUAACAGCUCAUUGGUCUUUGUUAAGUGAUGGGGAGAGGGAGUUGGCCUGUGCUAGUCAUUCCACAAACAAAACAGAAUUUAGUUGCAUCACAUAGAGAAGACACAUUCUAAGAAUUAAAAUAUUAAGCCACGUUUACUGGAAAAACUCACUAUAUAGAACACAAAUAAUUUUUAUAGAGAGCAUUGAGGAGGAAGUCCUCACCUGCUUAGAAGAGCCACAUUAAGUUGCAUAGGUGCAUAUCUGUAAAAAUAUAAUUUAGAGGUGAAGCCAUUGAUUAAGUAAUAAAGGGUCACCUUUAAAAGUUGGUGCCAUCCACGGUUUGCUUUAAGUGCCAUAUGCUUACUGUGUUGAGCCCCCACCCCUCCCCAGAAGAGAUGCCUGAUGACCAAGCUGACUCCAGGGAUCCCUGAAGAAAUGCUUGUACCACCUGCACUGGAAGGUCUUCUCUCAGGUAUGGAACUAGUGCUUUUCCAAAAAUGUCUGAAUCAUACCAGAGGACUGAAGAUCUCUUGGGUUGUCCCUAAGUCCCAGGUGGCUUGACCUGGAAGGCCUUGUGAGUCAUCUUGACCUUCCCAGGCUGCCUGGAGAACUAUGUUCAUCCCCCAGUUCUGCAGCUAAGUCCUACCUGCACUUUUCAUCUAUCCAUGUGAUUACUCACCAAAGACCAAUGGGAGGUCUCUUCUGACCACUGCUCCUAAAUGGACCACAUGAUAGAGGCAUAAGGGCCAUCUGACAUGUGGAAAGGAUUUUCUGAGCUUAGAAAAGUGUUCUUCAGCUUAUCUGAGUUCUGUAUGCUGUAGGUUUUUUGUUUUAGGUGGAAACGUAGGUAAAAAGUGAGAGGUUUUUGUUUGUGGCUUUGCUAAGCAGAUGAGCUUGGUGAGGUGCGUCUUCCUCCUCUAGAGCAAGUCUUGCAGAACACACAGGGACGGGGCAUCUGUACAUGUAAACAGUACACUUUCACUGAGUCCAAAAUUAGGAGCAAAAAUACAAAGGUUCACAUUGGUCUUAGGUAGAUACAGGCGAAAAAGGAUUGAGCUGUUUAGCUCAGAAACAACAAAAACAAAGUUUCUAAAGCACCACUAAAUUAUAUAAAAAUCAGACCAUGGACAGAUUGAAACUGGUAUUCUGGUGAAAUACUUUACUAUUUUGUAAAAAGUUUUACAAAAAAUUACAAAUUAAAAGUAUCAACCCUCUGAGUUCAAAGCAGCAUUUUGAAAAUGAACUGGUAGUUAAUCCUAUAACCACCCCUGGAGUCGUAAGUGGCCCUUGGGAAUAGGGAUGGGCGGGUUCUACCUGUCUGAAGUCCUCUACAACCCUCCCACCCCUGCCUGUCCCCCAACACUGUCCGUUUGUAUGAGUGGCGAUGGUAAAAUGAAUUUCAGAUGGGUUAUACACGCUAUUACUGGUUUACUAGAUGAACCACCACUAAGACCAAAUUCUCACUUCUCUUAAUUUUACCCUUCUCCUGGGAUGAGCCCCCUGCAAAGACUCUGAAAUUGGUGUAUUCUGCUCUUGCAUUUCCCUUUUAAUUUAGGAUCCCAAAUAGUGGAUUCGUGUCCUGAAGCCCUUCAUAAAGAUUUAAAAUGGCUGUGGGACAGGGCUCUGGAAGCUCCCUGUGGGAGAAGGCAGUUUCUGGAGUGAGGGUGGGACAACAGUGAGCAAGCGAGCUUCAGCAGAACCAGCUUGUCGGUGCUCUCCAAGUCGGGGAGAGGGAAGGGGCUGCAUUUUUACAACAAAAGCAAAACAGAACAAGUUCCCUGACUGAACCAGCGAAUGGAAUCCUGUUUCCACGCAACAACUUGCUCCCGAUUCCGACAUUGCCAGGGCUCUGGGUGGAGCUUCCCUGGGAGGGAACCCACCCAGGGGGUGGGGCCGACAUGCAGAUCCAAUGUCCUGGGGUGGCCACUGGGAGCCCCGAGGGGCUUUUCCCACUGGUGUCUGUUUCCUUUCUCUUUA